AUGGAAAGAAGGAAACAGCGUAGGAUUCGAACAACAUUCACAUCUGCACAACUGAAAGAACUGGAACGAGCAUUCCUGGAAACUCAUUAUCCUGAUAUUUACACUCGGGAAGAUUUGGCAAUGAGAAUUGAUCUGACAGAAGCUCGAGUACAGGUUUGGUUCCAGAAUCGACGAGCCAAAUUUCGAAAACAAGAAAAAAUGCGACGUAUGAAGGAAGAGAUCCGCACUCAAAAGAGUACACAAUCCGGUGGUAAUAGUCAUGGACAAAAUAGCGAAGAUGAUGAAGAACGAAACAGUGGGCAUGAAGUUUCAUCCAGUAACAACAUCUUACUCACUGGAGUUUUACAAUAA